AUGUGUCCUGCCUACUGCCACUUCAGCUUGCUAAUCCGAUGGGCCAUGUUGGUAGACGCAUCAAUAGCAACAUUCCCCUACUUCCCAUACCGCAUCGAGGAGCAGAAGCGUUCCCCAGGCAUCGCCCCCGCGAGGAUCUGCGACCUUCUCCUGCUUGCUGAUAAGGAGUUCUUCGACAAAGAUUCCAACUCGAGCCUGAAGCAUGUGGUGAUGCGAAUGAUGCAUGCGGUCGCUCAGGCGGAUAUUAUAUUCAGAAAUGCCGAUUUUAAUGAAGAUGGAAUUCCUGAUAAUAUUGGGUUUUCAGUGAAAUACAUUCUAGUACUUACUUCCAACGACACUAACAACCGUGUCUUCGGGAACAUUAUUAGCCAACAUGCAAUUGACGGUCGGAAUUACUUGAUGAAGUUUGCGAGGUUACGUCGCCUCUCCGAGGUCUGUCUUGGUGUCGCGUUUUCGGGACAUGCCUUCCAUAACCGAACUUUGGGGCUCAGUUUCACAUCGCUCGGAGGCGGCGUGGGUGGCGCCGCGGGCGGUCUGUGCGACCGUCGGGCGUAUGGACGGUCCUUCAACACGCUGGCGAUAGCACACGCGACAAUGGAAGACAGGGAUCGAGUGCCAGAGAGGAUCGCCGCUUUAACACUGGCUCAUGAGAUGGGACAUAGUUUCGGCGCGCAUCACGACGAUAACUUCCCCAACCCUGAGUGUCGAGGACACCUGAUGGGCUCACAGUCUUCGUCAGCAGAGAGCACCAAGAACUUCGAGUUCUCCAUAUGCAGCAAACGACUCAUCGCGGCAACCCUGAGCAGCAUGAGCUAUUGUCUUAAUGAAGAAGACAGACCUUACUGCGGCAAUGGCAUAGUGGAGGAAGGUGAGGCUUGCGACUGCGGCCUGCCGUCCCGGUGCAGUCACAAGGACCCGUGCUGCACGCCCAGGGCUGGCGGCGCGUUGGUGUUUGAGGAGGGAACUUUACAUAAAGAGGGGUGUUCCGUGGCGCCAUCUGCGAUGUGUCACCCGUCACAAGGGCUGUGUUGUACGCACAAGUGUCAAUAUGCUAAUCUGACCAGUAGCGGGAUUGACUGCCGAACCCAAGACCAUGAGUGCACGUGCACUAACGACACGGCGGAGUGUCGCUGCGGGCUCGGCGGCCGAUGUCUGGCAGACGGCAGCUGUCAGGCGGCCGAGUGUGCGCUACUCGGGCUUAGAGAGUGUCAGUGUACCAAGAGAGGAAUGGGUGGGACGGUGUCAGCAGCCAACAUGUGCGGAAUAUGUUGCAAGCUGCCAGGAAACAACACUGAGGGCGCAUGCGUGUCCGCCGAGCUGGCUGCCACGGAGUUUCUGGCGAACAACUCACGUCUGCCAGACUCUUGGCCGCACGACGAUUAUAAUGGACCCAAUGUAACUCUAGAGAUAUGUGAUGAUAAUAUCUGCACGACUCGGACGAUACGCGCGUGGCCAGCGGGCGAGGUGUGCGUCACGCGUAAUUCCGUCGGGUACUGUUCUAGAAAAGGGAUUUGCAAACGGACGUACAUAACGCCUCGUUCUAACAUCUACCCGGACAGUAUGAAUAUACAAGUGGAAGGAAAACAGAAUAUAUCUACUUCAAGCACAUUCAAAGCAAGCACGAUAAAUACAAUACUUCUUAUAAUUAUAUUUGUAAUAUAA